AAAAAAAGAGCAACAUGAGGUUUUUAUGAGUUGCCAGUUAGGCUGAAACCUGCGCCAAAAUCAUCGACGAUAGUGAAGCAUGGCCUCAAGAGAACACUCUCAGCACCAAAACCAGACGACAAGGAAAGUUCCACUCUUUCCUCUUCUCUCUCUCGUUUGCUUCGUUUCGAUCUUCGCCGUCCUCUCCUCCAUUAGAAAGAUCUCCGUUCCUUCGCGACCUCACAGCAAGAGCUUCGAGUUCCGAAGGAGCUCGGGAUCCGGCCGGAGGAGCCCGGGAGAGUCGUGCGACUUCUCGGAUGGAAGGUGGAUCUACGACCCGAAUUCUCCUGCGAGGUACAACAAUACCUGCAAGGAGAUCUUCAAAGGCUGGAAUUGUAUUUCCGGCAACAAAUUCAACGGCCGGGCGCUCGUCAAGUGGAGAUGGCAGCCCAAGCAUUGUGAUCUCCCGCCAUUCGAUCCGGUUAGGUUUCUUCAGAUGUACAGAGACACCAGCAUUGGGUUUGUUGGUGAUUCGUUGAACCGGAAUAUGUUUGUUUCGCUUUUCUGUUCUCUGAAACAAGUGUCAAGUGAGGUUAAGAAGUGGCGACCAGCUGGUGCUGAUCGCGGGUUUACAUUUCUUCAGUAUAAUCUUACCCUUGCAUAUCAUCGAACAAACCUUUUGGCCCGUUAUGGUAGGUGGUCUGCCAAUGCUAAUGGUGGGGUGCUGGAAUCUCUAGGAUAUAAAGAGGGUUAUAGAGUUGAUGUUGACAUUCCAGACAGUACAUGGGCAGAAGCUCUAAGCUUUCAUGACAUUCUGAUCUUUAACACAGGGCACUGGUGGUGGGCUCCUUCAAAGUUUGACCCUACAAAAUCACCCAUGCUUUUCUUUGAAAAGGGUCAGCCUGUGGUUCCUCCCGUACUCCCUGAUGUUGGCCUUGAUAUGGCUCUGAAACACAUGGCAAUGUUUGUGGAGAACAGAACGCAGCCAGGUGCAAUAAAAUUCUUUCGCACUCAAUCACCUAGGCAUUUUGAAGGGGGUGAUUGGGACCAAGGUGGUUCUUGUAACCGGGAAAAGCCUUUAUUGCCAGUGCAGGUUGAAAAACUAUUCUCUGUGAAGAAUAAUGGGACAAAUGUGGAGGCACGCCUGGUCAAUCAACACCUUUAUAAGGUCCUCAAAGGGUUGGGUUUCCAUAUUUUGGACAUAACCCACAUGAGUGAGUUCAGAGCAGAUGCCCAUCCAUCCGCAGCCGGUGGAAAGAAGCACGACGAUUGCAUGCACUGGUGCUUACCAGGAAUAACAGAUACUUGGAAUGACUUGUUCAUAGAGCAGCUAAAUACUGUUAAAUUUAGAAGUUAAUCAAUUAUUUUCAUGUUGAGAUUUUUCAUUCGAAAUGUCAACUUUCACAGCACAUACCAUCGUAUUCUCAAUGCUACCCGUUUGAAAUCCACAUAAAUGUUGCAUGCA